AUGAAUGCAACCAAAACACUGCCGGCCUCGUGGUACAUUUCACAAAAUCUCUACUCGCUUGAACAACGAGCCAUCUUCUACAAGUCGUGGUACUUCGUGGGAGCCGUCCCCCGAUUUGCCGUGGACCGGGAAGUCGAGUAUGAAUUCGCUGGUGUGUCCAUCGUGGUCGAGCACGACGGGAACGAGAACUUUGAGGUGAAAAGGAAAUCCGAUGGCGUCCCUCUCAGACAUUACUUGACCCCGACGGGUCUGUUGUUCACCACCAUCGACCAUUCCGCGCCGCCGUUCGAGAAAUGGUUUCCGCCAUCGCUGCUCGAGCUCCUGUCGGGGUACAACUUCCGCCGUCUCCCCCAUCGUCGCUCCAUCAAGUACCCCGGUCGCUUCAACUGGAAAACCAUGGUGGACGGGUACCAAGAAUGUUUGCACUGUCAAUACACGCACCGCACCUUCAGUGUCAAGUACCCGCCCACCUUUUACGAAGUCCACAACCACGACACGUACAGCAGGCACAUCGCCGACCCGCAGAAGCCCAACGACGGGCUGUUCUUGUUCUUCUUCCCCGUGUGCACGCUGAACCUGUACGGCGGUGGCAUGAGCAGUUUCCGGGUCUGCCCGGGUGACAAGGUCGGCGAUACCCGCAUGGAGUUUGAUUAUUACUAUGACGAUGGGAAGGGUGGGAUGGAAGGGUUCGAAGAGUACUACAAGUUUGUGAGGAAGGUGGCGUUGGAGGACUUUGAGUUGUGCGAGGUGGCCCAGAGCAACUUGGAGCGAGGCGUGUAUUCGCAAGGCGUGUUGAAUCAAGCCAAGGAGAGUGGUGUUUUGCAUUACCAGCAACUGGCGAGGAAGAUGGUGGUGGACAAGUUCAAGGAGGAGGAGGCAGAGAAAAACGCCCUCACGCCUGCCAGCAGCCGGACCAGCGGUGUCGGCUAUGUCGGUGGCCAGGAGGAUGUGUCCGUCUCUGCUUGA